UGUAUCAUGCAUUAAAAAAGGCAGGGGAAGACUUCUCAUCUGUACACAACACGAUAGGAUUAGCUGAAGCAAAAAUGUCAUCUCUGAACAAGAUAAUCUCAUUCACUAGAGCCAUUGUGAUGCAAUGAUACAAUUUUACAACAGGAUUGAGAGCCAUUUUUAUUGAUCACAUCAAAUCGAUUGUGUUGUUGCACACAAGUUGGUACAAAACAUCACCCGAUCGCAUUUAUGACUCUCCUGCAUCAAUAGACAGUGAAUGUUGUUCAGUAUCAUCGCAUAUUUGUUUAAUCAAUCUUAUAUUUCACCUGCCUCUUUGACGGGUGAUGAGAACAGACUCAAAUUACUGAAAAUGAUCAACACAUUCAUUCCUGAUCAAAGAGCUAGCUGAGGGAUUUAGGCUUUUUCUAAAGCGCACACAGAUUCGUUCUCUUUUGUAGAUAUUAGAUUAGGCAGAAAGAAAAGAAAAUCUCCACUUCAGGCGAAAACAUCUUUUGGCACCACGGAAUCCACUUACAAGUUUCAAUUUUCUGUCCUUGAGAAGAACUGGUAGAAUUGGCUACGGAAAUCACUUUGCUCCCACAGACUUUUUGCAUCCUCUGCUUCGUUUGCCUUUUGAAGGACUUGCUGUAGAAGAUCUUUCUUUCUCCGAGUCAGACAGUCAUCCCAAAAUCCUAAGGAAAUGGACAUCUCUGGCGAUGCUUUAGUAAAGAGAGAGAAUGCAACUGCAUACCCCCCCAGGCAGCCGGUGUUCAACGGUUCCUCAAAGUUGGAUGAUGCUUCUUUGUACUUUUUGCUGGAGGAAUGGGCUUUCCACCCAUCAAACACAAACAUGAAGAUGUUUUUAAUCCCUCCACUUGUCUGCCUCCUGGCAGGUGUUCUCAUCAUUCCUACCAUCUUGUUUGUGAUCUUCUCUAGGUUUCGCAUCCGUCAGGAAACAAGGUACAUGCUGCUGGGAAAUGCUCUGCUUUCUGAUCUCAUCUACCUGUUGUUCUAUGCCCUGUUAGCUGCUCUCAAUGCAGCGCACGUCCAUCUCCCAAAGGAAGCUUGUGUCCUCCUGUUGUUUUUGCUGGCGGUGGCUUAUUGUGGAGGACUGUUCACAGCUGCUGCAAUAGUCCUAGACACAUACAUAGCUGUUUUGUUUCCUUUGCGCUACAUUGCUAUUUUGCCACCUUCACGAACUAAAAAACUUAUUGUGUUACUAUGGAUGUGCUCAGGGGCUUUCCCUGGAAUUUUGUUCUUGGUGCUAUCAAGCACUCACAGCUUUGUGCCACGUGUCCUGGAGAUGUGCUCGGUUCCAGUAAUACUAAUACUAACUCUGAACGGGACUGAUACCAUGAAACUCUGUUUCUGGCUUUCCACCAUAGUUAUCUUUCUCUGUCUGUCUUUAAUAUUCUGUUGCUAUGCUAGUCUAUAUUUUAAAACAAAACAAUCUGGUAUAUGGGAAAGCAUCCGCUCCAGAGCCAGUAUAACAUUCUUAAUGCACAACACAGUGUUAUUUUUUUACUUCUUUCCACUCUUGGCCCUUUUCGUAGAAUCCUUCUUAUGCAUCAAUGUUGUCAUCAGACUGCAGACAGGAAUCCAAGUCUCCCUGACAGUCUGCAAUGUCCUGAUGAUUCUGCCUAAAGUUUUGUUCCCUUUUCUGUAUGGGCUUCGAUACAGAGAGAUCUCAGCAUCUGUCAGAUCCAUGGUCAGAAGGAGACAUUUUCGCCAGGUGUUACCUGCUCCGUCACCAUCCUGAGCCAACACAGAGCACAGCCACAGCAGAGGGGUUGUCUUGACUUUGUAGCCUGCAAGCCUGGUGGAAAUCACUCAGCUUCUGAAGAAAUAGUGAUCAACCCGUGUCAGGGAAGAUACGAGUUGAUCACUCUGUCUCCUUGGUGCCAGAAGGCUG